AUGUCCUCAGAAAUAAACGACACCUCUCCAUCCACAGGGGGUGCUCCUACCAACAAAGACAAACCCUUCACACUCACCCCAGAACAGCACACCCAGAGGGAAAAGAAACUAACCACCCUCCACACCUCAAUCGCAACCCUCGAACCCCAAAUCGCCCAGCUAGAAGCCCAACUCGCAGAGACAAAGUCUCAACUAAAGAACGACCCGUCCGCCACCGUCCGGCGACACAUCCGACUCCUCCACGACUACAACGAGAUCAAGGACAUCGCCCAAGGCCUGAUGGGCCUGCUUGCUGAUGCGCGGGGGGAGCGACAGAUUGAUGUACAGCGGGGGUUUGGGGUGGGAGAUCGCGACUAA